AUGGGUCUGGGCGGUUUCUUUGGACGUCAUGCAGAUAAUGUCCAACAUAGGUGCACUCAGCCUACGACUACGACUACUACUGCUGCUGCAGCUGCUGCUAUGGUGAAUCAACAAGUCGACGCUAUAUCAUCGGCACGCUCAUCAUCUUCAAAUCAAUCGGCUCACACCUCCUCAGUACGCUCGCCCAGUAAUAGUGCCGUCUAUACCCCACAAAAGCCACGAUUUGAACAACAUGCAGAUGGGACACAUACGCAUUGUAUUCGAUGUAUGCCCACAAGUAAAUUAUCAGCUUCACUUCAAAACAUGGCAUCUCUUUUACCAUCCACCAAGUCCUUCAAGAUUCCAUUAAUGGGUGGUAGUGCGAAUAGUGAAAAGAAAGCAUUGGAAGCAAUACUAAAGGAGCGAGAAGCGAUCAAUAAUGAGCUGCAUCGUACACCCAGUGACACGACCUACUUGUCUGAUAAAUGGGGCACAUGCCAUGAAGUGAUUGGAAAGGGAGCAUUUGGUGUCGUGCGUAUAGUGCACAAGGCAGAUCCUUCUGGUACCGGCAAGGGGUCCUGUGGAAAGCUAUAUGCUGUCAAGGAGUUUCGCAAAAAGGGUUCAGAGUCUACCAAGCAGUAUGUCAAACGCCUUACUUCGGAAUUCUGCAUCUCGUCCGUCAUGCACCAUCCCAACGUCAUUGAGACUCUCGAUCUAUUGCCAUUGAACGAGUCCUCGCCUGUUUAUUGCCAAGUGAUGGAAUACUGUGACGCAGGAGAUAUGUUUGAUCUUAUAUGCAACUUUGCCCAUAAUGGAUUACAAGCACCCGAAGCCAACUGUUUCUUUAAACAACUCAUGCGUGGUGUACGCUAUAUGCAUAGUGUUGGUGUCGCUCAUCGUGAUUUGAAGCCCGAGAACUUGCUGCUCACUACCAACGGCACGCUCAAGAUUAGUGAUUUUGGUGGUGCUGACUGCUUCCAACCAAGUCCAGAUGUCGCAUUUAUGAAUAGUCGUGGUGUAUGUGGAUCAGAACCUUACAUCGCACCAGAAAUGUACACCGACAAGGAUUAUGAUCCACGCCUUGCUGACAUAUGGAGCUGUGGUGUUAUUUACAUGGCAAUGCGUACUGGCAACCAUCUCUGGCAGGUGGCAAAGAAAGGCGAGGAUGAUUACUUUGAUCGCUAUCUCAAGUUUAGGCGUUUGGUGGAGGAGGAACGGGAAAAUUCACGACGUGAACGACUUGCUAUGGCCAAGAAUCAGUCGCCAUCAUCACCACAAGCUGAAAAGGAUCGUGAAGCUGCUAUGGUCAAGGCACGUGAAUCUAUCAAACGCCGUGCAAAGGAAAGUGGUCUGGAUGUUUUGGAAGGAUUGGAAUUCAGUGCAAAGCGCCUGGUGUAUCGCAUGCUCGAUCCCACACCACAAAAGCGUAUCACAAUGGAUCAAAUAUGGCAAAAUGAAUGGUUUAUGAGGAUAUGUUGCUGUCAACCAUGCUCGGUAUAG